CACAGAGCACAGUGCACAAACCACAGGAACUGACCUCUCUAGUCAGUAGGCAAAGAAUAGAUCCAGUAGACAGAGAGCAGUGCCACAGAUGAGUGUUAAAGCUGAUAUGAAAGCCUAAACUUCCUGUCCUGAGAGCAAGUAUGUAUUCAGCAGUAUCACCCAGACAGAGUCACUCUGAGAGCUGAAGACUGCAGUGGAGACUUCACAUCUGCAGAUACAGCAAAAACCCACUUAAUGGCAUCAACACGUUUACAGAAGAUCAAAGAGCUGAAGAUGAAUGAGGAUAUAUAUGUAAAUUCAGGAAUUACAGACAACACAUCAACUCAUUCAGACCACAGCAAUGAUUAUGAGGACAUCUACGCCAAUGAAGAUGAUGUCCCAGAGACGGAUGUGACCAGAAGCCAUAAAGGAACUGUGACUUCAGGAAUUACAACAGACAACAAAUCAACUCAUUCAGACGAGAGCCAUGAUUAUGAGGAUUUCGACGACAAUGAAGAUGAUGUCCCAGAGACGGGUGUGACCAGAAGCUGUAAAGGGACUGUGACCUCAGGAAUUACAACAGACAACAAAUCAACUCAUUCAGACGAGAGCCAUGAUUAUGAGGAUUUCGACGACAAUGAAGAUGAUGUCCCAGAGACGGGUGUGACCAGAAGCUGUAAAGGGACUGUGACCUCAGGAAUUACAGCAGACAACAAAUCAACUCAUUCAGACGAGAGCCAUGAUUAUGAGGAUGUCUACGACAAUAAAGAUGAUGUCCCAGAGACGAGUGUGUCCAGAAGCCGUAAAGGGACUGUGACCUCAGUUUCCAGAAUCAACAAAGCAAAGAGCAGAUACUACAGACUGGCUGCAGUGUUGCUGUUUGUUCUCCUGCUGAGUGUCAUCAUGUUGCUGUGGGUCAGGCACAACAACCUGCCUAUACAGACCAAUAAUUACAACAUGAAGAAUGAGAUGGGCCAGAAAGAAAAGCAGGUUCUGGUGGACAGGGGAACCCAAUGAUCAUGGAGGAAAAGAGGACUGUGCUAUAACUGGCUAUGAAUACACUGGAUCUGAACGUUUAUCAACCUGGGCUGAUUAUCCCUGUAAUCACCCUGCAGUUGGAAUCUGUGAGAAAAGGAUUUAGUUUAGCCUACGUGAGAGUGAACAGCAGAAAGUGGUUUUUUUGGAUACUUUUAGAAUGAUAUAUAUUUUACACUGCUGGUUUAGUCCUACAGCAUUUACCUUAUCAAUGUUUUCUAAAAGAAUAUGGAUUCAGGUGCAGCUAAGAUAGUAAACUUUGAUUCUACCUGAACUUUUGAACUUAAACAAUUGACCCUUUGCAAGUCCUGAGCUCUCAGUUACUGCCUGACAAGCUUUUGAACCCAGCAUGUUAAAUACUGACCCCCCAACACACACACACACACACACACACACACACACACACACACACACACACCCCACUGCAGCUUAGAGCUUCUUUCUUUGCUGUCUGUAGCUUAAAUGUUGUCUUAUGAUUCUCAUGUUAGCAGUGUGUAAUUACUAAGUUAAACUGUACUUUACACCAAUAAAUUCACAAAACUCAUUAUUGGCCGAUAUUAUCAGUCAAUCAACGUAUUGGUCUGGCCUUCACAAUCCGAACACUGUAUUAGCCUUGCACCCCAAAACUAAACUAAAACUAAAGCAUGUCUAGGCUGAUUGACUGCAGGAGGGAUUUAGUGGGAAACCUUUUCACAUUUGAUUUUUAAAAGAAUUCCCGCUUACAAUUUGUUAGUUAUGUAGUUCGUUAGUGCAGAGAUCUGGACACUGGAACAUAUGGCCUUGAUACGGACAAACGUAUGUGGACACCCCUGCUUAUUAAUGAAUCCAGGUGGCUGAGCCACACCCAUUGGUAACAGGUGUAUAAAAUCAAGCGCAUAGCCAUGAAAUCUCCACAUGCAGCAGACUGGGUUGUGCUGAAGAGCUCAGUGAGUGUCUUUACACUCGCAGUUAUUAAUGCGCUAACUGCAGAAAAUCAGAUUUUGUCAGUAAUUCGUUCAACAUCUGCACUUGAGUAAUCGGAUAAUAAUAAAACUCCGGAUGCGCAGAAGUCAGGGAAUAAUUUGAUUUCUGCUUUACACCCAGCCAAUAAACUCAAGAAUAAGACUGACAAACACAAAUGUUAUGCCACUGACGUUUUCAGAAAAUAUCAACAAACAUAAUCCAGAAGAUGAAUGUUAAAAUCUUUUAUUUUGUGAAGUAUAUAGUUGGUUUUAGCUUCGCUCCAAAAGUGUUUUGUUGCUAUCUUGUGGGUGCAGACGGAAAACACUGAAAGAAGGCAAAGGAAAGGUAGACGUGCUAUGGAAAACCCGAUUACUGGGCCAAAAUAUAGCUCUCUUUUUCAGAUUUGUACACUUGAUUCCUAGGCCUUUAUCUAAUCUAAGAAACUGCAGUAUACUGUUUACAUGGCCACUUGAAUAAUUAGAUAACUGCCAAAAUCUGAUUAUAUUGGAUUAUUUAGUGCAGGUUAACACUCAGUGACUUUAAACUUGGCACUGUCUUAUGAUGUCACCUUUAUGACAGUUCAGUUCUUGAAAUUUCUGCCCUGCUAGAUCUGCCCUGGUCAACUGUAAGUGAUGUUAUGGUCAAAUUGAAGCUCCAUAUUAAUGCUUGCCAAGUUCAUAGAGGUGUGAUGGUCAGAUGUCCGCAUACCUUUGGUUAUACAGUGUAGACCCAUGCAAGUGGACACAAACACGUUUUGAAUUAUACUAUGAUCCAAAAUGUCCACCAGGUGAUUCACUGCAGCAGCUAAACUCAAAGACAAACAUGUGAUCAAGAUAUGAGGAUCAAAAUUCUGCAAAUAAAAGAUGCUUCUCUAACA